CAGAUUUGUGAACAAUUUACAGUAGAAAUGAGUUUAUAAUGAACACUGAACAGGACUCCCAUAGUCAGAAAACUAGUCCAACCAGCUUGAAAGAAAAUGGAACGCAUAGUAAAGGGACGGAUGAGAAGAACAAGAUACAAAACCGUUGGUUACGAGCUACUAGGUUCAGAUUAUUGCGUAGGGGUACGCGGACAUUCCUGUUUGGUAAAUCUGUAGAUAAGGAACAGGAGGACUUGGACAGGAGUACAAACAGCCAGGAAAUACAUCGGGAUACAGACAUACCUGAGAGUUCUGAACCAGAAACCAAGAGCAAAUCUGUCUGGAAGGAACAUAUUUGGAGUACUUUUAUUCAUAGGGCUUACAGUGAAGAGUUCUCAGAACAGACUGAGAAGGGUUCGGAUCAGAUAACAGAGUUUCAGAGAGCUAAAUUCCGACAUUUUUUCUAUCAUGUUCUUGAUCUCAAUUCAGAUCAUGUUAUUUCUCAGGAGGAUUUCGACCGUCUAAACGAGAGAGUUCGUCAUUAUAUGGAUUGGUCUUCAAACAGCAUUCAUUUCCUUGCAUUAAGAGAGGUUCACUGUCUUUUCUUGGAUCAUUUCCUCAACACUUCAACCAAGAUUUCAGACCAAUCAUUUGAUUUCUGUGAUCCGUUCCGGAACUUGGGCUCAGGAACAGAACAAAACACAACUAAGGUCUGUGUCUCUAUAGAUGAGUGGGUUGAUGUUUGGGGUAUAACAGUAGGAAAAGCCCGUAAACUAGCUGAUCUACCGAUGUGGUUACAAUACUAUCCGAAGACACUGUUUGACACAAUAAACAGGAGUGGAACAGGUGAGAUAUCAAAGAAGGAGCUGAAACUGUUCUUUACUGCCUUCAUGGACGCAGGACGGUUGGGAGAUUUAUCUCUCUCAAGAGAAACAGACAAGGCGUUCAAUGCUCUGACAAGUGGAGGAGAUGUUCCUCUAACCUUCCAUGUUUAUAAACUCAGUUUUCUAAAUUUUCUAAUUGGAAAACAACCAAAUGGUCCAGGACAGUUUCUGUUUGGUACAGUGGAGGUCAAGGAUCAGAGCAGUGUCUUUCCAAUAGAUUACAGUGCACUAAACUCAACACAGGAGGAGAGAGAACCAUACAGCCUUGAUAAACUAGAAAACAGAGGGAACAGAGCAUCUGUGAUCGUGUAAUCACUUAUCAGGGAGGGUCGGAGAACGGACAAUUUGGACGGACAAUGAUAAAGAGAAGGAACAAGAGAUUGUGAAGAGAAGGAGGAGGGCAUUGUGAAAAGAGAAGGAUCAGGAGAUCGUGAAAAGAGAAGGAUCAGGAGAUAGUGUAAGGAGAAGGAUCAGGAGAUGGUGAAAAGAGAAGGACAAUGGGAUGGUGAAAAGAGAAGGCCCAGGAGAUAGUGUAAGGAGAAGGAUCAGGAGAUGGCGAAAAGAGAAGGACCAGGAGAUGGUGAAAAGAGAAGGACCAGGGGAUGGUGAAAAGAGAAGGCCCUGGAGAUAGUGAAAGGAGGAGGGCCAGGAGAUGGGGAAAAGAGAAGGACCAUGAUAAGAGAUUGUGUAAUGGAACCAUGAUACGUUGAAAAGAGAAAUACCAGAAGAUGGUGUAAAGAGAAGACAAGAAGAUGGCUAAAAGAGAAGGACAGCAGAUGGCUAAAAGAGAAGGACCAGGAGAUGGUGAAAAAAGGAGCAGGAGAUGGUGAAAAGAGAAGGAGCAGGAGUGGUGA